CUUAAAUAAUAUUUUUUAGAGACUACAUUUUAACUUCCGGUAAUUUUACUGGAGCAACGUUGUGUGUAUUCGUAUAUUCAUCUGUUCGUUGUCUGUGGUUUUGCUCACGAGGUAAAGGAUGACAACUGCGGCUCGCCCAACAUUUGAGCCUGCCCGUGGAGGGAGAGGGAAGAAUGAAGGAGAUCUUAGUGCCCUGUCAAAACAGUACUCCAGUAGGGAUCUACCCUCACAUACCAAAAUCAAGUACAGACAGGAAGGACAGGGAACUGUUGAUGAACUGAGAGGACGUGAUUUCCGCCGUGAUCUUGAAGAUCGUGAGAGGGCAGUACGUGACAAACGAGACAGGAACAGGGAAUCUGGUAGCAGUAGCAGUGGAAGCAAGCGUCCUCGCCUGGAACAGAUCCCGGCUGCAAAUUUAGAUGCUGAUGAUCCUGUUGAUGAUGAGGAUGAAGAUGAUUCAUCCUCUGAUGAAGAUGACACUGCAGAGUUGAUGGCAGAACUUCAGAAGAUCAAAAAGGAACGAGCCAAUGAGCGGGUUCGAUUGGAUGCUGAGAAAAAAGUUGAAGAGGAGAGAAUUAGAACUGAGAAUAUUCUUAAAGGAAACCCACUGAUGAAUCAGGCUGAGGCCAAGGCAGCAGCAGACUUCAAAGUCAAGAGAAGAUGGGAUGACGAUGUGGUGUUUAAGAACUGUGCGAAGGCUGAGGAGGACAAGAAGAAAGGGCUGUUUAUUAAUGACACUUUACGUUCAGAGUUUCACAAAAAAUUCAUGGAAAAGUACGUCAAGUGAUUUAUUGUCACGAGACAUUUUAUUUCGUAAAAAUCAUUAGACAUUUUGAAAUCAGCAGUUCAUCUCUCACUCAUUGACCAGUAGUAACAUGUGUUCUAAUGAAGAUCUGUGUAGUCAUAUGUUAGUACUUACGAAUGAUGAUUUCACCAAUGGAACAUUCAUAUAUGACAGAAAAGAGGUGGAGUCUUAUUUGGUGAGCAAGAUUCACUUUGUAUGGAAACCACUGCACUAAACAUUGUACAGAGAAACAAGUGUCUGGACUAAAGGCAUUCUGAUUUAAAGUGGUUCCACUGUAUAUAGAAACCAUAGUGGUUAGACUAAAGAGAUUCCGCAGGGAUGAAAGUGUCCACAUCUCUGCUAUUCAGUGGUGAUAUACUUAUGUAUACUGUAUUUUUUUAAAUGAAAACUUCAAAGCAUCAAUAGUGAAAAGGCAAUGCUAUUUGGAAUUGGUUAAAAAUCACAUCAUUUCAAUAAAUUUUGAAAUAUUGAAAAAUCUAGGAUUUUGACCUGUAUCCUUUAAGAAGAUAUUUGUCAGUUGUUUAACCAAAGUGGUUUAACUAAGUAAUUUUCUAUGUAUAGAUUUUAAUGUGUCCUUGUAUAUGUAUUGUAUGAAGUAAUGUACAUGUAUGUAAAAUAAAACAUUUUAAAGAACUUA